AUGCAUGCAAGUCUCUGCAUGUGUUUCAGGGCUUGUCAAUGCGCUUCCUGAUCCCCUGCAGGCACUGACACUGGAGCCGAUCAUACACACAAGAACCAUGCUCUCAUUUCACUACAUACAGGGUCUUCUUAUACCUGCAGUUCUUUUCCUAAAAGGAAGCAGCUGUGAAAACAGUAGACCAUUUCUAAAAUAUUAUGAAACCGUAUCGUACGACAGGACGAGGCUUCUCCAGAGUCAUCAGCGGUCAAAAAGAGCGACGAAUGAAGAAGAAAGAACAGUAACCCUGGACCUCGCCGCCUAUAAUCGAAACUUUGCACUGAUGUUAAGAAGAGACGGCAGCGCUUUUGCGGAUGAUUUUACCGUCAUGUCACAUGAUCAGCCAAUGCCGGUGGAUAUCUCUUUUGUCUACAAGGGCAGCCUUAAAGGUGAGAACGGCUCUCUUUGUCACGGUUCCAUCAUCGAUGGCUAUUUCAGUGGAUCCAUCCACACAAAGAAUGGCACUUUUUAUGUUGAAUAUGAAGAAAAUCACAACGGCUCGAUAGAUCCUUAUAUUUAUCAUGAGUCAGAUAUCGACUACUCCCUUUUAAAAGAUGUCAACUCUUUUGACCUGGCAUUGAAAAAAUACACUUAUUUGGAGAAUAUGAGAUGGAAACCGCAGGAGGAAUCCCUCAACAGAUCCAAAAGAAGUUUGGAUUUAUCUCGUACAUCUUGUCUCCUCCAUUUGAAGGCCGAUUACUACUUUUUUAGGAGUUUUAGAAACUUACAGGCAGCAAUUUCUCAGAUUGCUGGAUAUUUGAUGGCUGUAAACGCAAUAUUUGAGCAAGUGAAUUUUAAUGGCAUUAAGUAUAUUAACUUUAAAGUAAAAGUGUUAAAUAUAAUGCAGGAGGAGCAGCCGGACAACCCUCUCAGUUCUCCUUAUAUCGGGAUAGAAAAGCUGCUGAUGCUUCAUUCCAGAAAUAACUGGAACCACGUCUGCCUUUCCUAUCUGCUGACAAACCGUGACUACAGUGGCACCCUGGGGCUGGCCUGGGUUGGGAGAUCAGGAAAUUUAGGAGGGAUCUGCUCUAAGUUUGCUAAAAUGCAAAACAGCACAGAAAAGGCAUCUCUGAAUACAGGAGUGGUGACAAUACAGAAGUAUGGGCAGUACUUACCGCAGAGGGUCGUCCACAUCACCCUGGCACAUGAACUGGGGCACAGCAUGGGCGCUCCUCAUGAUGGGGAUACAGAAUGUGUGAAGUACGCUGUGAAUAGUCCGUAUGGAAAUUAUUUGAUGUUUCCGCGCGCCGUGGAUGGAAAUCAGUACAACAACGACAAGUUCUCUGCUUGCUCCAUAAAUUACAUUUCAUCUCUCCUGAAAAUAAAGAAGGAUCAAUGCUUUGUCGAGAGUGACCGGCCGACGUGUGGUAACCAGAUUGUAGAAGCGGGGGAAGAAUGUGACGCGGGGUUCAAUGACAAUGACACCUGUUGUCACAGCGCCAAUGCUGAGGAGGGUCUGCAGUGUACAUUAAAACCAGGAAAGCAGUGCAGUCCCAGCCAAGGACAAUGCUGCAGUCAGCUGUGUGAGCUCAAAGCUAAAGGAGAACGAUGUCGCGAUGAGGCGGAAUGCACUUUUGCGGACGUCUGCACAGGAGUGUCAGCCAAAUGCCCCGCCCCCACCCAGAAGAACAACUACACCUUGUGCAAAUACGGGACCAGAAUAUGUCUGAAUGGGGUGUGCAGCAAGUCUGUUUGUGUGAAAUUCGGUUUAGAACAAUGUGAUUGUGCCACAGAGAACACGUUUGAGAUGUGCCAGCUGUGCUGCCAGAUGCCAGACGACCCGUCCUCCUGCAAAAGUACGAAAUCUCCAGGGCUGUCCCACUUCUUCAAUAGGGCCGCGAUAAUCCUUUCGCCAGGGGCCCCUUGUGGACAGAGGCAAGGCUACUGUGAUAAAUUCCACAUCUGCCGCUUUGUUGAUGCCGAUGGGCCCAUAGCCAGACUGAAGAAUUCCUUCCUGAGGGUGAUAGAGCGGGACCCGGCGGCGUGGAUGAAGACACGCUGGUGGGCCAUACUCCUAAUUAUAUUAUCCAUGGCGGCUUUGAUGUCUGGAACCAUUCUGAUUUUUGGCAGGACACUUGACUCCAAAAUAGCGAUAAAAGAAAAUAAGACAUCAGUAAAAGUAAAACAAAACCGACCCAGUGCCCGUCGCAGAGAAGUCGUCUACUGGGAAAAAGAAGAGUUCUCUAUGACAGCAGCGUAUGGGCUGAGCGAGACACGGCUGUGACAUCCAGAAGGAUCCUGACUCCGAGAGAUCACCCAAAGAAGUAGAGACCCCGGGGAGGGGGGGAUCACCACCAGAUCUCGGGUGAUGAUGAAAUCUGCGAUCAUGGAUGACGUUGCAAGAUUUGUUCAGGAAAAGGGCAUUACUGGCUUGACAUGUGCAAUUCCUUUAGUUCAAAAUACGUUUUUCAACAAAUUUAGACAAAUUUGUUAAUUCCAAAUUUCGAAUUUUUAUAAUUAAUAUCCUAAUUUUUUUAAUUUUUCCAAAUUUUCUAAAAUUUGUAACUUCAGAAAUUUGAAAUUCGGAAAAUCGAAUCUCAGAAGAUGUCAAAAUUUCCGAAAUCCGAAAAUUCUAAAUUUCAGAAAUUUAGAAUUCGUAAAUUUGGAGAUUCGUAAAUUCGGAGAUUUGGAUAUCCAAAAAUUAGAACGAAAAUCCAAAAAUUAUUAUUUUGUUUCGGUCCAUUCUUUAUUUUGGAUAAACUUCAGAUAAAUUUGUAUUC